AUAUAGAAUAUGUAUAUUUUGUGAAAUACAUGCGCAAAUUAUGGUUUAUAUAUAGCUAUACAUUAUGGCGAUCGCUGAAAUAUACAGAUGGCAGCCCAUAGAUUUAGUAUUAUGCACCCAUUUUGUGUAUUUAAAAGCAAUAUUCGCAUGAUGCAACGAAGCACAGUAUUUGCGCAUCGGUGAGAGGAAAUCAGUAAUAGAGAAGCUGCAGAGAAAAAACCAGCAACACAUCCUCCCUGGACGAGACUCCACACGCUCCUGAGCCGAGCUCCGCCCCGCUCCUGCCACACACCUCCCGCCUACCUUCUAGUACAGGUACACCUCACUUUAUAUAUGUUAUUCCAGUGCAUAGAAGAACAAGUACAAGAUUUGAUGUGAUGUCUUUUACUUUCUUGCGGUUGAGCUAUGGUAAUUUUGCCUAAGGAAUAUAAAGAGAUGCGGGCUGUAGUUGCGUCGCAUCGCGAAAAUUUAACCUAGCGAAUAAUGACGUCAUAUACGGGGGCACGUGUGAGGGGUGGUCGGGGGCAACAGGUGAACUGGUCAUCAGUGGUCCCCCGGCACCCACCUUGACAGCAUCUCCACAGAGAAGGAAGCCCUUACCUCCACACUCUCUAUACUGACCGAGUUUUACACCAGUCUUCCGCUCCUGAAGCUCAAUAUAUUUGCGACAACACAAGUCUCGUAGUGAGGAUUAAGACGGUUCCACCUCUCGACGUUAGCGUCGUUGGCCAGCCAGACGUGUAAUAUUCCAAAUUUGGGUACAUAUUUGCCCUGUGUGAGGAGGAAGUGCAGGCAGCGGGAGGUGCACCGCCAUCCGGGAGGAAGGAUCUCACUACCCACCUGCUGUUGAAGUUUGGCUGCUGCACGAGUGUGAACAAAUUCGACCGGAAGCUUCCCAGGCACGGGACGUGCUUGUGCAAGCAGUGUCUGUUAUUACAUAUUUUGUAUUAAGUAAAUAAAGGAGCGUUGCAUUUAGCAGUGAGAACAGUUGGGUUUCCUAAUUUUCUUUGUAUCUGGUUAAGUUCGAGUGAUUUCAACUAGUUGCAAGUAGUGAUCUGGAAGCGUUGGUGUUGGGCGUCAAGAAAGAUGAUGGUGAGGAGCGACCAGCAGCAGCAGGAGUUGCUCCAGCAGCGGCCACAUUGUCUCUCUAAUCACGACAACAACGCAGUUUCUGAGGAAAAAUAUGGCCUCCGCCCCAGAACUAUCAUUAAGAGGCUGCAGCAGGAGAGAGUUCGUCAGGAAGUUCCCAAAAGAACUGCGAGGCCUAAGUCGAGGCCAGCGCCUCUGUCAAAGUACCGCAGGAAGACUGCCAACGCCAGGGAACGUCACCGCAUGAAGGAAAUUAACAAUGCGUUCGAAUCCCUUCGUAAAGUUCUUCCUGACGUCAUGGAGGUUGAGGCAGCAUCUCCUUCCAUGACCAAGAUAACGACUCUGCGCCUCGCUGUUAACUACAUCAGGGCUCUCUCUCACGUGCUACAGGAUGAGAGUGAUAAUGAUAUGUGUUCUCUUGAGAGUUCACUGCAGUGUUCCUUCCAGGACUCCCUUCAGCAGUCUCUAGAGCGCUCCUUCUGUAAGACGACGCCAUCACAAGACGUCUCCGUCACCACCUUCACCUACCAGCAUUCGACACCGCCUUUCACUCAGCAGUACCUCCCUCAAGUGUCUCACUUAUCGAGCUAUUACUCCACUUCCAGUCACAUCUCCAGCUCACCCUCCACAUUGCGAGGAUCACUAGGCAGUGCUAGCGACCUCGAGGACCUCCUUUCUGACGACUCGUGUCUGCUGGAGGACAACUUCGAUGUUUUCCACGACAUCCCCACCCUCUCUGUCCCUGAUCCCUUUGAUAUUCUCUUAGGGGCAGAAAAAGACACACUUGUCUUCACCACGGAGCUGUGUAAUUGAUUUCAUUUCUUUCAAGGUGAAUGUGUGAAUAAAUAACAGUGUGACUGAUCAACAUUCCUUACGAGAGACUGCAGUCAUUUCAGCGUGAUAUUCUCCUUGUAACACAAUAUACGUGGAUAAUCUUUAAGCAACAACUGGAAGACAUCUCAGACAAAAUUAUUGCCUCCUACAGGUGAGGUGAAUGCUUCGUAGGGCAAGUUUGUGUUGUUACCUACUACUGAGUUGUAUGGCAAUAGUUUUAAGACGUUAAUAAGUAUCUUGUUACCGAGAAGGUGUGUUUACCUCUAUGCAGUGUUUAUACUGAGAUAUUUUGUGUAUGUGUGUACCUAGUCAGGUAGUUCUGUCCCCUUCUAUGAAAAAAACAUUUUUCACACUAAGGAAGGGACUCUACAACUUAAAAAGAAAAUAUUUCGUAUUAUCAUCAAAUGACUAUCUAGGGGCAUCGAACGCUCCACAACAGACACACAAUGUGUCAGAACCACCACCAUGUGCGAUGCUAGUCUAUUGUGCCAUAUUGUGCCAAGAUCCCUGCUCUGUGAGCUGACAAGGAGUGUUGUCAGGCUCGACCUGCCAUCAUUCACGUGUGUGACCUUGCAAUGUUUAUGUACUUGACUUAAGAAGUGAACCCAUAUUUGUGACUUGUAACGUUUCUUACGUUUCAGAAACGUUUUACAAUGACCAGCAAUGUAGGCUAUAUAUUAAUUUAAAAAUUAAGAAAUACAAACGUUUGGACAGUUAUAAAUGUUCAUUAAAACGUGUGAAAGAUGAUGUUACACUGUUUAUUGUUUGAUGUG